AUGCGUGACAACGGGACACUCGAGUCGCAAACAAGUUACACGGAUUCAUCAAUUGGCGAGGAGGCUGAUGCAACUAGUAACACUGUCUCUGGAGAUGACAUAGUCGAAUUCGCGACCAGAGCAACGUGGAAAGCCCUCUUCCUCCAAAACUUCGACCCGUGGAAAUUCCGCCCUCGCGAUUGGCAGGAACCCUCUCCCGUUUCUGCGGAUGCGCUAUAUCUCUCCCGCAUCAAUCUAGGGCUUCUCGGCACCGACCCGGCAAACAUCGCAAGACCGCUUGCAGGCGAAGUCGACGAGUCGUACAGCCUCAGCGUAACCCAACAAGGCGUCGCCACCAUCAGCGCCAACACCUCCAUAGGCCUAUCACGGAGCCUCACCACGUUUACCCAACUCUUCUACGCGCACUCAGACCAGCAAAAUGUCUACACGCCCCUCGCCCCCGUCUCCAUUUUCGACGCCCCCAGGUUCGCGCACCGAGGCCUCAACCUCGACGUCUCGCGCAGCUACUACCCCGUCAGCGACAUCAAGCGCCAAAUCUCCGCGUGUGCCUACACCAAAAUGAACCGCUUCCACCUGCACGCCACCGACUCGCAAGCCUGGCCUCUCGAGAUCCCCUCGCUGCCGUCCGUCUCGGAAAGGGGGGCCUACCGCCCGCACCUCGUGUAUUCAAAAGACGACUUUGCACACUUGCAGCGCUACGCUGCGCUGCAGGGCGUCGAAAUGAUUACUGAAAUCGAUAUGCCGGGACACACGUCCAGCAUCGCAUACAGCUUCCCCGAGCUCAUUGCUGCCUUCAACAUGCAGCCUGACUGGACGGUAUAUGCAAACGAUCCACCGUCUGGGACACUGAAACUAAACUCGCCCGCCGUCCGCACCUUUAUUCAAACGCUCUUCAAUGACGGUCAAAAGCAAUGA